GCGGCCAGGGACUAUUUUACUGUGAUUCCGCGUUGUGGGUUUUGUUUUUACUGCUGAGUCAAAUCGAGAACAAUGAACUGUUUUCAUAUCAGGAUGAUGCUCCUGCAGUCCUGUCCGUGUGCAGAAGCUGCAAGUUGUUUUCCUGACGGUGGUGACAGAUGAGCCGUGACUCAUGCUAGAGCCUUCACCUGCCCUCCCCUGAAACAAAGGCGCACAUUGGACUGCAGACUGUGUGUUGAAUUAAUGGCCUUUACAAGAUUGGAUGGGCAGUUCUAGCUUCUUUUACAUCUUCCAGCACCUCUGAUGAAUCAAGCGGUUUAUAGACAUUUCAUCUGUUAUUUUGACAGUGAUUCUGGACACUGGUUGUUUCUUGGUAGAAUUUAUAUGAAACCUUUGUUUUUACCUUUUUGGAAGCUUGGUGUAAAAUGCUCGACGGUUCCCUUGUAUUUCUGUUUUUCAGGAUCAUUUCACGGACUCCCUUCCCGUACUUGUUAACCAUGCUGCCUUGUUCCCAGGACCCCGUGAAGCCUUCUGUUAAUCUCCCUCAGAGCACAGACUAGACUUCAGGUACAGCCGGCUCAGAUGAGUUGUGGUUCACCUCAAGUUGCAAGACUGUGAUUAAGGUUAACAUGGGGAACUCGGAGAGUCAGUACACCCUUCAAGGAUCCAAGAAUCACGGCAACGCUCUCACUGGUGCUAAGCAAAAGCCUUGCUCGCUGAAAAUACGCGGCCUUCACGCGAAAGACGACAAGUCACUGCACGGGUGGGGGCCCGGCAGCAGCAGCGUGGGCUACAAGUCCCGGUCCCUGGCCCGGAGCUGCCUGUCUCACUGCAAGAGUAAUCAGCCUUAUGCCUCGAGGGCCGGCGGAGCCACGUGCAAGGCCCCCAAAGGCGGCGCUUACGCCAAGCACCGGACCAGCGCCUCGGGCAACGACUUCCUCUCCCCGGAGAACGGCUUCCACUACGUGGCGCACCAGCAGCAGCGGGCGGAGGAGCGCGUGGCCUCGAGGGACUGCAAUGGGCACCUUCUCAGCUGCUACGGGGGCAACGAGAGCGUGGCGGCCACGCCGCCGCCGCCGCAGCCGCCUCCGCCGGGCGAGGACCGCAAGAGCCCCAGGGUGCUCAUCAAGACGCUGGGGAAGCUGGACGGCUGCCUGCGGGUCGAGUUCCACAACGGCGGCGGCCAGGAGGCCGAGGGUGCCCCAGGGGACGCGGGCGGCCCGGUGCGGCUGCUGCGCUACUCGCCCAGCCCGGGCCCCGGGCCCGACUCGCCCCCGGACUCGCGGCCGCGCUCCAGCAAGGGCAGCUCCCUGAGCUCCGAGUCGUCCUGGUACGACUCCCCCUGGGGCCCCGUGGGCGAGGCCAGCGAGGCCAGCGAGGCCGAGGGCUCCCUGCCGGCGCCCGGCACGCCCGCCCCCCGCCUGGGCGCCGACCUCCCGCCCGGGGCCCCGAAGCCCUUCAACCAGAGCUCUUCCCUGUCCUCGCUGCGCGACCUCUCCCCGGACGCCAGCCCCGCGGCCGCGGGCCUCCGGCUCUCCGGCGAGUUCGUGGGCGCGCGCGCCGGCCUCAGCCACCGCGUGUCCUUCGCCUCGGACAUGGACGUGCCGUCCCGGGUGGAGCGCAGGGACCCCGGGCCGUACGCGUCCUUCACCCUCCCUUGCCGCAAGUCCAAGGCCGCGGCGGAGGACGCCUCCAAGAAGGACACGCUCAAAGCCCGCAUGCGCCGCAUCAGCGACUGGACCGGAAGCCUCUCCAGAAAGAAGCGGAAGCUGCAGGAGCCGAGGUCCAAGGAAGGCAGUGACUACUUUGACAGCCGCUCAGAUGGACUGAAUGCAGAUGUGCAGGGGCCCUUCCCGGUGUCUGCUUCGCUGUGGUCAGGGGGCUCGGCUCAGAUCCUGUCCCAGAGAAGCGAAUCCACUCAUGCAAUUGGCAGCGAUCCCCUCCAACAGAACAUUUAUGAGAAUUUCAUGCGGGAGUUGGAAAUGAGCAGAACCAACACAGAGAACCCAGAAACAUCCACGGAAACCGCCGACUCCAGCAGCGGGUCACUCAGCUCUUUGGAGCAACUUGAUCUGCUCUUUGAGAAGGAGCAAGGGGUGGUCCGGAAAGCAGGAUGGCUGUUCUUCAAACCCCUGGUCACUUUGCAGAAGGAAAGGAAGCUUGAACUGGUGGCUCGGAGGAAGUGGAAACAAUACUGGGUGACGCUGAAAGGAUGCACGCUGCUAUUCUACGAGACGUAUGGGAAGAAUUGCACGGACCAGAGUAGCGCCCCUCGGUGUGCCCUGUUUGCGGAAGACAGCAUAGUGCAGUCCGUCCCAGAGCAUCCCAAGAAGGAGAACGUGUUCUGCCUCAGCAACUCCUUUGGAGAUGUCUACCUUUUCCAGGCCACUAGCCAGACAGAUCUGGAAAACUGGGUCACUGCCAUACAUUCAGCUUGCGCAUCCCUUUUUGCAAAGAAACACGGAAAAGAGGACACAGUUCGCCUACUGAAGAGCCAGACCAAAAACCUUGUUCAGAAGAUAGAUAUGGACAGCAAGAUGAGAAAGAUGGCAGAGUUACAGCUGUCCGUGGUGAGCGACCCAAAGAACAGGAAAGCCAUAGAAAACCAGAUCCAGCAGUGGGAGCAGAAUCUGGAAAAGUUGCACAUGGACCUGUUCAGGACGCGCUGCUACCUGGCCAGCCUCCAAGGCGGGGAGCUGCCCAAUCCCAAGAGCCUCCUUGCUGCCGCCAGCCGCCCCUCCAAGCUGGCCCUUGGCAGGUUGGGCAUCUUGUCCGUUUCUUCUUUCCAUGCUCUGGUAUGUUCUCGAGAUGACUCUGCUCUCCGGAAGAGAACACUCUCCCUGACCCAGCGAGCAAGAAACAAGAAGGGCAUAUUUUCUUCAUUAAAAGGACUGGACACGCUGGCAAGAAAAGGGAAGGAGAAAAGACCUUCCGUAACUCAGGUUGAUGAACUUCUGCAUAUAUACGGUUCAACGGCUGAUGGUGUUCCCCGAGACAACACAUGGGAAGUCCAGACUUAUGUUCAUUUUCAGGAUAAUCAAGGAGUUACUGUAACGAUCAAGCCAGAACAUAGAGUAGAAGAUAUUUUGACUUUGGCGUGCAAGAUGCGGCAGCUGGAACCCAGCCACUAUGGCCUGCAGCUUCGAAGAUUAGUAGACGAAAAUGUCGAGGACUGCGUCCCUGCGCCAUACGAAUGUAUGCAAGAGCAGGUUUAUGAUGAAAUAGAAAUCUUUCCCCUAAGCGUUUAUGACGUGCAGCUCACGAAGACCGGCAGUGUGUCUGACUUCGGGUUUGCAGUGACAGCGCAGGUGGACGAGCAUCAGCAUCUCAGCCGAAUAUUUAUAAGUGACGUUCUCCCUGACGGCUUGGCAUAUGGAGAAGGGUUGAGAAAGGGCAACGAAAUCAUGACCUUAAAUGGGGAAGCUGUGUCUGAUCUGGACCUUAAGCAGAUGGAGACCCUGUUUUCUGAGAAGAGCGUGGGGCUCACUCUCAUCGCCCGGCCGCCAGACACAAAAGGAAACUUGUGUUCUUCCCGGUCAGACAGCGACUUGUUCUCAAAGGACCAGAAGAGUCUGCUGCCCCCUCCAAACCAGUCCCAGCUUCUGGAGGAAUUCCUGAAUAACUUUAAAAAGAAUACAACCAAUGAUUUCAGCAACGUCCCUGACAUCACAACUGGCCUGAAAAGGAGUCAGACUGAUGGUGCCCUGGCCCAGGUUCCCCACGGGGAGAAAACGGGGCAGACGUUCGGGAGCGCCGAACAGAUCGCUGCGCUGUGUAGGAGUUUCAACGACUCGCAGACCACCGGCAUGGAAGGGCCGAGGGGGACCCGGGAGCCACCUCCGAGGCCGCUGGCUCGCCACCUCUCCGAUGCGGAUCGCCUCCGGAAAGUCAUCCAGGAGCUGAUGGACACGGAGAAGUCCUACGUGAAGGAUCUGAGCUGCCUCUUUGAAUUAUAUUUGGAGCCACUUCAGAAUGAGACCUUUCUCACCCAAGACGAGAUGGAGUCACUGUUCGGCAGCUUGCCAGAGAUGCUGGACUUUCAGAAGGUGUUUCUGGAGACUCUGGAGGAUGGGAUUUCAGCCGCCUCGGACUUUAACACCCUUGAAACUCCCUCACAGUUUAGAAAACUACUGUUUUCCCUUGGAGGCUCUUUCCUUUAUUACGCGGACCAUUUUAAACUGUACAGCGGGUUCUGUGCUAAUCAUAUCAAAGUACAGAAGGUUCUAGAGCGAGCUAAAACUGAUCAAGCCUUCAAGGCUUUUCUGGACGCCCGGAAUCCCACCAAACAGCACUCCUCCACCCUUGAGUCCUACCUCAUCAAGCCAGUUCAGAGGGUGCUCAAGUACCCUCUGCUGCUCAGGGAGCUCGUGUCGCUGACGGACCACGAGAGCGAGGAGCACUACCACCUGACAGAGGCACUAAAAGCGAUGGAGAAAGUAGCAAGCCACAUCAAUGAGAUGCAGAAGGUCUAUGAGGAUUACGGGACCGUGUUUGACCAGCUCGUGGCGGAGCAGAGUGGAACAGAGAAGGAGGUGACAGAACUUUCCAUGGGGGAACUUCUGAUGCACUCUGCAGUCUCCUGGUUGAAUCCAUUUCUGUCUCUAGGAAAAACCAGAAAGGACCUCGAGCUCACAGUGUUCGUCUUUAAGAGAGCUGUCAUACUGGUUUAUAAAGAACACUGCAAACUGAAGAAGAAACUGCCCUCGAAUUCCCGGCCUGCACAUGGCUCUGCCGACUUGGAUCCAUUUAAAUUUCGCUGGUUGAUCCCCAUAUCCGCGCUUCAAGUCAGACUGGGGAACACGGCAGGGACAGAAAAUAAUUCCAUAUGGGAACUGAUCCAUACGAAGUCAGAAAUAGAAGGACGGCCAGAAACCAUCUUUCAGCUGUGCUGCAGUGACAGUGAGAGCAAAACCAGCAUCGUCAAGGUCAUUCGAUCUAUUCUGAGGGAAAACUUCAGGCGUCACAUAAAGUGUGACUUACCCCUGGAGAAAACGUGUAAGGAUCGCCUGGUACCUCUUAAGAACAGAGUUCCUGUUUCGGCCAAGUUAGCUUCCUCCAGGUCCUUAAAAGUCCUCAAGAACUCCUCGAGCUGCGAGUGGCCCGGCGAGCCCAGCAAGGGCAGCUCCCUGGACUCGGACGAGGGGAGCCUGAGCAGCAGCACGCAGAGCAGCGGCUGUCCCCCGGCUGGGAGCUCGCAGGACUCCCCACAACCCCCACCUGCAGGCCCGGCUGACUUGUCCCCCGGCCUCAUCAAAGAGAGCGACAUUCUGAGCGACGAGGAGGACGACUACCAUCAGACCCUGAAGCAGGGCAGCCCUACCAAAGACAUUGAAAUUCAGUUCCAGAGACUGAGAAUCUCGGACGACGCGGACGCGAACCCGGCCGACCGGCGGCCCAGAGGCGAGCAGCCCAAGCUGGUCCGCGGGCACUUCUGCGCCAUUAAACGAAAAGCCAACAGCACCAAACGGGACAGGGGAACUUUGCUCAAGGCACAGAUCCGUCACCAGUCCCUCGACAGCCAGUCUGAAAAUGCCAACCUCGAUCUCAGUUCUGUUCUGCAGCGAGAAUUCAGUGUCCAGAGUUUAACAUCGGUGGUCAACGAGGAGUGUUUUUACGAAACAGGGAGCCACGGAAAGUCAUAGGAUUUCCGUCCGACGCGGGUUAAAUGGCUUGUUUUACCUUUAAACUGGUGGUAAAGUGGAAAUUGCAGAAAAACUAUUCGUUAUUGGGUUUUGUGCAGCAUACGUUUUCCCACGAAAUAGUUGUAAAGAUUUAAGUUAUUUUAAUUUAUUGUAGAUCAGAAAACUAGAUUAAACUGAUCAGAAUCUGUAAAUUACUUAGUUUAUAUCCCUUUUGAGCAGGUAUCAAAAAUGACUUAGGAUCCUUAAAAUUGCAGUCUAUUUUAAUUUAUGUGGAAAAAGAUGGGCGAGUUGUGAUUAAUAAUUUUUAAAAGGUCAUUCCCCCCCCCCCCCAAUCCUCUGGGCAUUUUCUUUGAGCUGUUAGUUUUUGCUUUAUUUAAAGCAUAUUUAUUUUAAUGUGG